AAGAAAGUUGCUCUGAAGUUCAACUUUGAAGCUGAGGCAAAAGGCACACUUGAGCAUUCAUCCCUCGUUCGGCAAAUGGAAUCGCAGAGGCCAAAUAAUAACAGAGAAGACGGAAUAAUUUGGCUUCUACCCGAACUGGAAGAGGAUAGAUCAGAGCCCGUGCUCGAAAUGAGACGUUAUAUAAAAAUCAAUGGAGAAGAUAGUGGUCCAGCAAACGUGGGAGAUUUUAUUGUAUGGAGUGUCUUCUUCUCACCCCCAAGCGGAUCAUCUAAAUUUAUCCGAGCACUGUCUCGAGCAGACAUGCGCUUGAAGAAUGUCUUCUCACUACCGAGUGAACCAUCUACAGUAAAUGUAUUCCAUCAGUGCCCUGAAGACGAAGACAAGGACAGAAAAUUCCAAAAAAUUGAAGAUAAAAAAAAAGAGAAAGACAAGGACAAGGACAAGGCAAAGCGAGAGGAAAAGUACUAUUAUCCAAUGCCACCUUUUGGCUCUGUUGACAUGAGAAUAAGGCAAUAUAGAUCAGGAUUUGAACAAGUAUCCCGUUUGAAACAUAAGUUAAUGAAGCAAGAACAUAGACCCGACAAGGUUUUCAAUUUGCUAAAGGAUGCAUACGAUUCAAUGAACGCCAAUGCCGGCUCUGGUCCCAACAUAUCUUUCACUGUAUCUGAUAAUGCCAUUUUUAAGCAACGUACCCCACUUGGCAAUACAGUCUUGCACUUGGCAGCUGGUCACGGGAAUGAUGCAAUGGUAGAAAAGGUAGCUCAACAUGCUCCCCAACUUUUCACUGCUAUUAACAACAACUGUGAUACUGCACUUCAUGUUGCUGCAAGAACGGGACAUGGCUCUACCAUUAAGUUAAUCUUGAACGAGUUUUUGCUUUUUGCAAGACGUGAAACAAAUGGUCAUGGUGAUCAAUCCAUUUUGGAAAUGAUGCUCAUGGCAUCACUAACUUUGUUUCGAAAUAAGCAAGGGAACCCUUCCUCCAUGAGGCCUUUAUGACCAAUAGCCAUAAUGGCGAUGUGAUUUUCAGAGCUUUUGAGGCUUCUUUCAAUGCAGAUGGCGGUUCAGACUUUGAGGCCGGCUUUAAGAGAAUUAUUCAUCAUUUAGCACCAUUUGCAGUCAACAUGGACGGGAAAUCAUUAUUGUACUUGACCAUUGAGGUUAACUGUAACCAAGUUGUUGAUCAAUUGAUGGAGUUCUGCAUUGAAGAUGAGUCGGAGCUGCAAGGAAGAUCACCCCUUCUUCCCACACUCAUCAAGAAGAAUUUAGAUAUGCUAGGAGUCAUAUUGAGGAAGAAACCAGAUUGGAUACACUUGAGAAAUGAACAAGGAUGGUUUCCACUUCAUUCUGCAGCGCAUUUGGGUUACCUUCAAGGUGUUUCCUACUUAGUGGAGAAAUGUCCUUCUUGCGCCAUGGAAAGGGACAACAAGGGCUACUUACCGAUUCAUUUAGCAUGUGUUCAUGGUCAUGUCGAAAUAGUUCAAAGGUUACUAGAAGAGUGCCCAGAUCCCACAGAGAUGCUAACUGAACUUGGCCAAAAUUUGCUCCAUCUUGCAUGCAAAUAUGGAAAUUAUGAAGUAGUCAGCGACUUACAUGGAAUGCAUUGAUAUCUGCUGGAGCACCUCGAAGUUCUGUGAGAUUUCAUCCACACCUUAAGUCCCCUACUCCUACCACUGAACAAUAUAAAGAUAGAAUUGACACUUUGAUAGUGGUUUCAACCCUUAUAAUAACAACAUCAUUUGCUGCUGGGUUUACCAUCCCAGGUGAUGUGGAUCAAGGCAUUCCCUUCUUGCUAAAACACCGUGUGUUCCAUUUAUUCAUUCUCUCCCUCACAAUUUCUGUGUUUGGUGCUAUAAGUUCCACCAUCAUUCUCAUGUGGGCUCGACUAGGGGAUCUCCAUCUGGCAGUUUUUGCUCUUACUUGUGCAUUGCCUCUUCUAGGUCUAUCCCUGACAGCACUAUCUGUAGCAUUUUUGGCUGGCAUGUACCUUGUAGUUAGCAAACUUAGCUGGCUUGCCGCUAUGUUUUUGCUGAUUGGUGUGGUUUUGAUCCUCGUGGUUGUA